AUGUCCCCAUCUCCGAGACAAAGGACGAUCAAGGCCCAAUCUCUGCCCGCCGUACCCUCCGUCAUGCAGAUUUACGGAGCACCAACUCAGUCUGCAAAUCAGCGCCAGGCACAACAAGCGAGUCCCACCACUGCAAACAUCUCCCCGCAGUCAAAACGAACUUCCUCGCCGCCGGCCCUCACGCAAACCGCACCCAACGUGACUAAACUCCCAUCUCCACUCAAUCAGCCGUCUCAUCUCCGGGAAGAAGCAAUCCAGGGGCACUAUUCUCCCUCGGCUUCAAUUCACCCGAACAUGCAUCAAGCACCACCUCCCCCUCUCCAACAUUCGCUCAGCCAGCCCAACGUGCAUCAGCCCCCUCCUCUACCCCAGCACUCACUCAGGUGGGCUCCUCCACAGUUCUUAACACACUUCCAUGCAAUGGAGGAGAAUUGGCAAAUGACAGAAGAGCUCAUGGCAGAGAUUGAGCGAGCUGACUAUGCGCAGGCUCUGAGUCAGCAGCCGCCCGUGCCUGGAAUGUCUGGCGUCGCCUACGCCGGUGGCGCAGCGAGUGGCGCCGUGUAUGUACGCGAGGUGCCGUCACCUCUCAAAGACCCCGUCGGUGAUCGUGUCCGCGCGAACGAACGGUCUAGUCCAAAGGAUGCAGACGGUCAGGGGAGCGGCGGCAUGCAGCGCUCCCGCUCCAUCCGCGUUGUCGAACGCGAGAAGGAAAUCCAGCCGAGCGAUAGUGCUCGUGCACGCGAGCGUUCCCUUCCAUCCAGUCAGACUGGGUCUCCGUCCUACUCACCCUCGGGACACCCCCAGCAGCGUGCGCCCUCUCCUGAGCGCACUUCUCCACCUUACCACACGCCUACUGGCUCGUCAGGUGGUGAGAGUGUGACUGCAGUGGACGUAGACUACGUCUCGUAUAAGCGGGACUCGUAUCAAUCUAAUGGGAGCUCUUCCCUUAGGCUUCCCAGUCCUCCGCCCACUGUGCGGAAAGCCAUUGUCGCCGACAAUGCUCGUGUGACGCCACCUGCGGUCAGCAAGUUUGCCAGCAACACUCCUCCCCUGCAGGCCAUGAAGACCCGAACUCCCGACAAGUCACUGCCUGUCCAAGAAGAGCCAGAAGACGAAAUCACAACCCCUAAGAACGGCGACAACUAUACUCACGGGAACGACUAUCAUGAGGAGGAGGAUGAUAAUGAUACUCUCAUUGAAAACGACCAUGAUUUCCCCAUCGACGGUAACGGAGACCGCGAUGGAGAAAUAGAGUCGUACACCCCACGCUCACCCACUGCCAGCUUACCCGAACCAUAUACCGCCAGGCAAUACCCCGCGCAGUCCGCAAAUCAGCGCCUCUCGAGCCUCACAAAGCACCACCGCAAUGGCAGCACAGACAGACUUGGCCUCCGAAGCUUCGACGCAGCCGUCUUUGAAAAGCCUCCCAUCAGAUCCACUGAGGAGCGCCGUGAGUCGCCCGCACUUCCUGUGAGGCUGACGACUGAGCAGGUUGACUCUGUACCAGAGCAUAAUCUACAGCAACAACACAGCCACACGUUUUCUGAUACUCGUGGUGCGGAACAGCAGCAGCAGCAGAGCAACGGACGACCGCACCCGCUGCAACAUCAAGUCUACUCGGAUGAUCAGAAUCAUGAUGAUCCCGCAGCUGCCUAUAUAUCGCAUUACUUCCAGUCUCCUCGUCCAGUUGCGCCCAUACCGCCCACGCCUCAUAGCCAAACUGCUGCUCCAUCACCGUUGAUAUCUAGCAUGCAAAGUAUGCAAGCCAGCCCGGCACCUCCAGUGGGCUCGCCAUAUCCCUACCCAUUCUCUCACGUUCGGCGGAACAACGUCUAUUCUAGCUAUCCCAUCCACACUGCGCCUUCCUCCAACUACGACCCCAACCAUCCCUCGGUGAUCGAAGAGCAACUCGCUCUCCAGAUGCAGAUGUACGCCUUGAACAACCACGCAGCAUUAUCCGACUCCACGUUUCUCGCCAUCGCAUCUCGUGCGUUCGGAGGAGGCGUGCGGCCACGUUUCGACUCCACUGCAACGAUGAGUAUCCAGUCGAGCCCGAGUCACCAACCAGUCAGCCUUCCGUUCCCGACUGGCAAAAUCAAGCGCCGUCAGGCAUCCGCGGAUCUACGAGUCCAGAGCACAAAGCGGAAGAUUAAGCCGCCGCCCCGUGUGGAAAGCACGCAGCCACGGGAUACGAGCCCAGAGCCGUACUCGUCUGGUGAGGAAACCGCUGGCGAGGAACACUUUGAGGUUACUGAGGAGGGGAACUGGGUGAAUGGGAUGAUGCCUGAUGAUGGUACUGAGUGGGUGGAUGAAGACGAGGAAGAAAAGGAUGACUUGUUAGACUUGGAGUAUCACCCGAACUAUGUCAACAACAUCGAAAAGAGACGCAGGAGGUGGGAUACGCGUUGGGAGGCUCUGCAUCAGGCGUUCCAAGCGCUUGAUUGUGAGACGGAUACGACGAUGGUCCUCCUUGCUGCACCCUCACAUUCUACAAAACUGCAUGCUUUGACAUCACGCUCGAUUCGUCGUGAAAUAGGGACACAGUCUCCGAGCAUGCACAACAUACGAAACUCUUUCCGAGGCAUUGCUGCUCGUCGACGAGCAUCCCGCGCCAAGGGUACAACGCUCGUUGAGAGGUUUCUCAACUCGACUUCUUCUUCUGGCGAUGGUUCAGACGGCAGUUCGGAAUCGCGGGAAGGCGACCUCAAGCGCGCGCUCGAGACUGCUCUUGGUAGUCUCGGUGCUCUUCGCUCAAUAUAUGACCACCGUGUUGCACGCUGGGAAGACGAGAUGGGGCGCAUCAGCGACGAGCGGGACCGCGUUGAAAUGCUGCUCCGCCAGACCCUAGGUGUUGGUUUGCAAAACGGUAAUGGCCUUCCUGAGGCGUAACUUAUCCAAUGUUGUGACCUACCCCGAUGUAUGCAUUCAUAUGACCCUACUGUCCUAUGCUGUACUGUACUUAUGGACGCUGCCUAUGUUGUUUCAUGUAACAUCU